GAAUUUAACAUUGUUCUGACCUUAGUUCGUGUCGAACCAUCCUCGAUAAUGAGUUCCGAAACAUCUUGUUCAUCAAUUUCCGCCACACAAGAACUUCCAACGUCUUCCAGCGACAAAUUUAAAGCCAAGGAGGUUCAUAAGUCAUUUGAUGCGGCGGAUUUAGCACGUUUAUUACUAUGUAUUGGAUUUAAUUUAGUCGACACGGCAAAACUUGAUAAUCUCGAAGAACUCCACAAAUUACUAAAAAAUAAAGAAGAAAAUUUGGUCAAAGUUGAGAUAACCUGCAUUAAAUCUGGUACAAAAAUAUGGUUGUCUAAAGAUGAUUGUUGCUGUAGAUGUCCUCCCGAACAAAGUGAUGAUGGUUUAAUGUGGAAUGUUAGCGGUGUUAGUGCACAGGGAAAUAUCUCCAUAACUAAAUCGAACAUCAUCCCAACAGUUGCCCCAACAAAAGCAAAUAUGAUCAACACACUCCUUUUAAAAUGUAUCGAAUAUAUAGUUUUUUCAAACACCAAUGAUCGUAACAUAGAUCUUAUCCAAGAAAUGAAGGCGAUGUUUGGACUACGUAAAACUAAAUCCACCGAUAAUAUAAGAAUCGAUCAUAAUUUAUCAAGAAUUACGAUCGGUUCCACUCCUCCUCGACACAGUUCAAGCCCAAUCUGCUUGAGUUUAAAUCACCCGAGGACUUCUUUAGGAGGAAGCGACUCCUUAGUGGAUGUUUUAAAAGAAAUCGAAGGAAAACUAAAAUUUGCUAUUGAUGUGGCGUCCAAAAAGAACAUCACCUUUACGAAAACUUCCGAUAGUAUGAAGAUUAGUCCUUUGGCCUCUUUACCAAGUACUUCAAGUGCAUUUGAACCAACUGGAAACCAGGCAAUGGUGCAAUGUGUUGAAAUUAAAUCAACCCCAAUAAGUAAAACGCCUAAGAAACAAGCUGCGUCAACUGGUGCGAAGAAAAAAGGACUCAUUCCCCCAUCGAGGUUAAAUUUAUUGAAAUAUAAGAAAGAUAUAGCGACUUCUUCGUUGGGAAGAACACCUGCAUCGUCUAUGGUGAAAGAUCGCACCGGAAAAUCAUAUAAUUUAUCUGUUGCUAAGGUCAAAUCUGCUAUUAGUGUUGACGCUAAUUUACAAUCGAAAUUGAAGCCUGGAACCAGCGCUCCAGUUGCUUGUAAUUCCAGGAUAAAAAUGAAUUUAAAGAAAUAAUUAUUUAUAUUUUAGUAUGUCUUGUAAAUUUGUCACAUAAUUUUUAUAUCAGAAAUAUCAUUGUAAUUAAAUAAGCAAAUUAAUUUUUAUACAACAUUAAAUGAGUUGAAUAUAAUUUCAUCCAAAAAUAAAAUGAAAAAAAUAUAGUAAAAUAAGAAUAAAUAAUAUAAUAUCGAUUUCAGCGCCCUCUAAUAGAGAAUAGCUAAAUUAAGUAUCAUAACCUGUACGUUUAAUAUUUUUCUAAAAUUAAUAUCCAAUAUUUAACCAACUUUUAAA